AUGCAUUAUCAAACAGAGUCCCGGAAUUCUUAUUUACAACUCAUUCAACGAUUGGCCGAGGAGAGUGCAGUGGUGAUUUUCAGCAAAAGUACAUGCUGCAUGUGUCAUGCCAUCAAAAGGCUCUUCUCCGGCAUGGGAGUGAACGCAACCGUUUACGAGCUGGACGAAGAUCCCAGAGGAAUUGAAAUCGAGAAGGCUCUCGUUAGAUUACCGGGCAGCUCCUCGGCCGUGCCGGUGGUGUUCAUCGGUGGCAAACUGAGCCUCAUUCCUCCACCUUCUGGCCACCACGUCCACCGGACACAACCACCAAUAGCCUCACCUAGCCUUCUACAUCUUCCCUCAACCCAUUCUCCAAAGGACUGGUCUUGGUGGUCCACCGAUGAUGAUGAAUGGGGUGAUUUUGUCGAAUUCCCAUCGCAAUUCUCCUCCAUCCAAUUAGAACCCUCCAAGUCUUUUGACUCGUUUGAGGUCGCUGCUAAUCAUUCAGGCUAUACCAAAUCGGUGUCACCGACUCGGUGGGUAAAACCGAGUGGCGCAUUGCCACUUUUCUUAUUUGGGGAUGCAGAGGAGCUGCUAAUGAAUCAGGAUGAUUGUCUCAGAUACUGCAUUGUAGCUGGCAAAAAAGCUCUUGAAAAUGCGGAUCUUGGGUUUGGUAGACUUGACAAGAUUGAUAAGGUUCGAGCUGGUGUUCUGGUUGGAACAGAAAUGGGUGGUCUUACAGUUUUUUCUGACGGUGUUCAGGCUCUAAUAGAAAAAGGUCACAGGAAAAUAACUCCGUUUUUCAUACCUUAUGCUAUAACAAACAUGGUAUCUGCUUUACUUGCAAUCGAUCUUGGUUUGAUGGGGCCAAAUUAUUUGAUUUCAACUGCUUGCACUACCUCAAAUUAUUGCUUCUAUGCGGCUGCGAAUCACAUACCUUUUAGUUCUAUUGAUUUGUUUUCCACUUCAAAUGAAAUUGAUUUAGUUUCCACCUCCAGUGAUUUUCAUAGUAGUUCCCAGGAAGUGAACUUAUUUGAGGUCCAGUCAAGUAUAGCAGCUCCAAUCAGUUUUAUUUCAGAUACAAACUUAAACAUUGAACAGACAUAUAUUAAAGAUGGGUUGAACCCUAUUUCGGAUGUUGGAUAUGCUGAAUCUGAUGAUGGUUUUGGGGAAUUUACCACUGCAUUCUCAGAAAGUGAACCAAAGCCAAGAGAAGCAUUGGAUGAUGAUAUGCUUUCUCCCUCUAAAGAAGCAGUAUUGAUGCCGGAUGGCAAAGUUCACUGCUUAGGAUUUGUGUUCAAUUAA